AUGACUACCACCGCCAACACUACCAACAACCUGGAUGCUGCCGUUAAUGACGUCGCAAACACUCUGAGCAAUACCUCUAUCAGCAAGCCUGCCGAUGACAAGACGGCCGCCAACGAGGCCGCCUCGGCCAGCGCUGCUGAGGGCCGCCGCCUCUACAUCGGCAACCUGGCCUAUGCGACAACUGAGGGGGAGUUGAAGGACUUCUUCAAGAGCUAUCUUGUUGAGUCUGUCUCGAUCCCAAAGAACCCUCGCACCGACCGCCCUGUCGGCUACGCCUUUGUCGACCUCUCCACCCCUACUGAGGCCGAGCGUGCCAUCGAGGAGCUCUCCGGCAAGGAGAUCCUCGAGCGCAAGGUUUCCGUCCAGCUUGCUCGCAAGCCCGAGCCCGCUGGUGAGAAGACCGAGGGCGCCAACGGAGAGGGUUCCGGCGCUGAGGGAUCUCGUCGCCGUGCUUCGGGACGUGGCCGUGGCCGAGGCCGUGGUCGUGGUGGUCGCGGCGCCCGCGCUGGACGUGAGGGCGCCGGUGAGAAGAAGGAGGGUGAGGCUACCGAGGCCGUUGCUGCUACCGAGGAUGCUGCCGCCGCAGUCGCUGCUCCUACCACCGCUGAGGUUCAACCUUUGACCGACAUCACAAACAAGAUCAACACUGACGACAGUACCAAGACCAAGACUCAAGCUCGACCUCAGCGCGAGCGCCGCGAGCGUGGCCCUCCCGCUGAUGGAAUUCCUUCCAAGACCAAGGUCAUGGUCGCCAACCUGCCUUAUGACCUGACCGAGGAGAAGCUCAUUGAGCUCUUCAAGGCUUACGAGCCCUCUUCUGCCAAGAUCGCUCUCCGACCCAUCCCCCGAUUCAUGAUCAAGAAGCUUCAGGCUCGCGGUGAGGCUCGCAAGGGCCGUGGCUUCGGCUUCGUCACUCUGGCCUCUGAGGAGCUUCAGCAGAAGGCUGUUUCUGAGAUGAACGGAAAGGAGAUUGAGGGUCGUGAGAUUGCCGUCAAGGUUGCCAUUGACAGCCCCGACAAGACCGAUGAUGACCACCACGAGGGUGGUGCCGUCAACGGCCAGAAGGAGGCUGCCACUGCUACUGAGGCUGCUCCCGCUGCCGCCCCUGCUGCUACUCCUGCUGCCGCCCCGGCUGCUGCUGAGAAGAAGACUGAGGCUGCUGCCCCUGCUGCGGCUCCUGCUGCUGCCCCUGCGGCCGCUACCACCACUCCCGUCACCACUGCCUAA